GCUAUGCAUGGCGUCAUCUACCAGGAUAUGUAAAGGUAUAUAAAUACAGCCGCCGUUGAAUUGACGCAACCGCUCAGUCAGUGGACAGCAAGCAGGAUGUUCCCAACUUUGGCCUAAAUCUUGGGUGCGAGCGUCUCUGAACGAGUUAAGUCUGUCGCUCUAAAGUGCACAUUGCAUGCAAGACACACUUUCCUUCUUUUGGUUGUUCGCGAAGAGGUUGUGGUGUGGUUGUUCAAAGUUGCUGUUCGUCUUCAGAAUUUCCCUUUUUGUCACGUGUGCAUAUAUUAUGUGGUGUUUGAAAACGAACGGUUUUCUAAACUAUUCUUAGAAAAUUAAUCGUCGUUUCAAUUCGACAAUACUGUAGAUUUUUGUUUGUUUUUAUUUUAAUCGAGGAACUCAUAAAUUUAUUAGGCUUUCGAGUGAGGAAUAAUAAUAUUUUUGUCUAGUACUUGAGAACACAGUCCAAGCUCAGCGGCAAUGCAUUUCUUAGGAAUCACCACGCUGACGUCACUCCUUCUGUGUGUGACGUCAUACCGGCACUACCAGCUGAAGAUCCCAAACGGUAACGCUGUCCCCCACCCGUGCAAAGCCAACUACAUCUGGAAGGGCGUGGGUCACUUCCAAGUGGCGGGGACAGGCGUCAGGAACGUGUUUGGGGAGGACUUUGCCGCCGCCGGACAUACUUAAAAACUGUCAACUUCACUUUCCCACCAACUCCUGUCCCUGCGAAGGAGACAAUUUACAUCUGCCAAAUUUUCGAAGUUCCCGAUGGAGAUUUCCACAUGGUGGCCACCCAGCCUAUAGUUGAUAACGAGGGUGUUCUUCACCAUAUGAGUCUAUUUGGAUGUGCUGGAGACGAAGAGAUAACGAACCAACCGUUUGAAUGUGACAUGGUGGCCACUAAGAACUGCCAAGACUUUAUCAGCAUCUGGUCUGUUGGUCUGGCCGGCGAGUGUUAUCACCCGGAUGCUGGUGUGAGAAUUGGGACCAACGGAUACAAGAAGGUGGCACUGCAGUUUCAUUGGAACAACCCGGAAAAGCGAGCAGGUCUCACUGACGCAUCAGGGAUGCAAAUACACUACACACCAAACAGACGUCUCAAUGAUGCGGGUAUGCUGAUCACCGGCUCGGACCAGUUCUACCUUUCCCCUGGACAGCAGGAGGUCGGUGUCUCCAGCACAUGCACUCCCGCCUGCACAGCACAACUCCUAAGAGGACCUAUCAGCAUCACGGCCGCCUGGAACCACAUGCACUACGCCGGUAUCAAAAUGAACAUCGAGGUGCGUAGAAAUGGCUCGUCCUUCACCUAUCUGACCAACGACCCAAUCUACAGCUACGACAGUCCGGAUGUCUCCUUAGCAAUAUUCUACCGAAACACGUUUCUGGAUACGAGUUCCUGGCCCGCAUAGCCUCUUGCAGCACACAAGUGCACAAUGCGUUGAAUACCAACAACAACAACAACAACAACAACAACAACAACAACAACAACAACAACAACAACAACAACAACGGACCAGGAGGCUCCGCAGGCGGGCUCAUGGCAAUGAGCAGUUUGGUUUUUCUCUCAACUUCAUCUCUUAUUGUCUGGUUCAGACUGUAAAUAUUCCAUAACGGACU